UGGCGGCUGCCUUUCGAAGAGCCGCCACUCAGGGCUUGGCAAGGAGGUGGGAGUAAAGAAAUAGUUUGCAAGUGAAGUUCUCGCCCUGCCCCAGCAGCCUUUUCCCCCCCCCCUGGCCGAGCUGGAAAGCGCUAAAAGCUUCGGAAAGCUUCGGAUUUUAAACGGAAACUGCUUGUUGGGAUUUGACUCCCGUUUACGGAGGAGGAGGAGGAGGACGAGGCGGUGUUUGCUCAGCCCGUGUGUGUGGCCAGCGUGAUUGUGAAAAAUCUGAAAAAUUGCGGGAAGUUAAAAAGAGGAUGUAGCCAGUCUGAGAAUGGGGCUUUCCACCAAGAGGAGAUCAUCACAAUGGCCAGAGAAGAUUCAGUGAAGUGUUUGCGGUGCUUGCUUUAUGCCCUCAAUCUGCUGUUCUGGUUGAUGUCCAUCACUGUGUUAUGCGUCUCUGCUUGGAUGAGAGACUACUUGAAUAACGUUCUCACUUUAACUGCAGAAACAAGAGUGGAGGAGGCAGUUGUGUCUACUUAUUUUCCAGUUGUCCAUCCAGUCAUGAUUGCAGUCUGCUGUUUUCUGAUCAUUAUUGGAAUGCUGGGGUAUUGUGGAACAGUAAAAAGAAACCUUUUCUUGCUUGUAUGGUAUUUUGGAAGUUUGCUUGUGAUAUUCUGCAUUGAACUGGCGUGUGGUGUUUGGACCUAUGAACAGGAAAUUACAGUCCCUGUACAGUGGUCAGAUAUGGUAACUUUAAAAGCCAGAAUGAUCAAUUACGGCUUACCGCGUUAUCAUUGGCUGACCCAUGCUUGGAAUUUCUUCCAGAGGGAGUUUAAAUGCUGCGGAGUGGUGUAUUUCACGGAUUGGCUGGAAAUGACAGAGAUGGAUUGGCCUCCUGAUUCCUGCUGCGUGAGGGAAUUCCCAGGAUGUUCUAAACAGGCACACCAUGAAGAUCUGAGUGACCUUUACCAGGAGGGUUGUGACAAAAAGAUGUACACAUUCCUGAGAGGAACUAAGCAGCUGCAGGUGCUUCGAUUUCUAGGAAUCUCCAUAGGGGUUACCCAAAUUUUGGCUAUGAUCCUUACAAUUACUUUGGUGUGGGCUCUGUAUUAUGACCGCCAGGAUCCACGCACAGACCAAAUGCUGUCUUUGAAGAAUGAUGCUACUCAACACCUGUCAUGUCAUUCUGUGGAGUUAUUAAAACCCAGCCUGACAAGGAUCCUUGAGCAUACCACAAUGGCAAACAGCUUUAACACACACUUUGAAAUGGAGGAACUAUAGCGCAAUCUGCCAGGCUGUGAUUUCUACAAUUUAAAUAUAGCCAUUAUUUUGGAUCCUGGACACUGUAUUUUAAGCUGUCAUGGAAAAGAGGCCACGGAUUGAAGAUUCUCUUAAGGACAAUUGUUUUUCUUUUCUCAUAAAAUUUGUUAGAGUUAUGUAAUGCUAAAAAUAAUUGUUUUACAAAAUAAGGACAAUUUGUCAUUUUUCACAAGAUUAUAUGCACCAUGUAAAAAGUAGAUCACUAGUCUCAUUAUAUUGAGUGAAAAAAAAAUAGGCAGGAAUAGUUUCAGGGAUGUCACCUAUUCAAAGUUUUCACUUCAAUAAUUCUGUUAGAUUGAGGAUGGAAGUCUUCAGUGCUGAAAGCCCCACAGAUGAUAGAGGGUGAUAGAUAAUCAGUGUUCAACAAUUACAUAUAAUUUAAGUGAUUUUUCCAUUUCAUUUUCAAGGAACGGAAAUUAGCAAGACACAAUUAUUGAACGUGUUGCAUUCAGAUCUGAUUCCUUGCAGUUGUUAAUCACAGCUGAGAAAACCCUGAACUUGGGAUCUUAAAAAAAAGACACCCUCUGAAAAUAUGGCAAUCUUAUCAGUUUAAUCCAUACAAAGAACUGCAUGUGAGAAAAAUCAUUCACAGUAGCAUUGUGGUCAUGAAUGUACUGAUGGGAGAGCCCUAUGAUACAGCAGAUGUAUGAUUUGCAUUUGGAAUGUAGCUGUCAGUGACAUCCAGGCAUGAAAUCCAGUUACUUAACAGUACGUCACUUCUCAACAUACAAGUAUAAACCCUGGAUCUUCCCUCUUUUGUUUGUGCAUUGCAAUACCAACAUCAAUGGAUUUUUUUUAAAUAUCAUAGUCUCAUAUCCUGCAAGCAAGCAAAUAGUUGGCUUAUCCCACAAUAAAGGCACAAAGAACAGCUUAAGGAGAAACCAUGACAACUGUUAUUAUUAAAUAAUGGUGGUAAUUGCCACUAAAAGAAUCAGGGAUAGAUAUGUAUAUAGUAAAGUGUGUAUAUGUGUAAUAGAACUGCUAUCAACAUGGAAAUUUGGAUUUUUGUAAAAAGGAUAAUCUUAUUGUAGAAUCAUUUUGUUUAGUUUAAGGAAAUAUGUGAAUCAUUUAAUUUUUAAUGAUUGUUAAUUUUCAAAUUAAAUUAUGUGGACUGAAGGAAAAAACAUAUUUAAUACUUAAGUGUAUUUGUUAUAUGUGGAUUGCUUGUGUGAAUGUGCGUGAGUGUGUGAACGUUCACCUUAAGGAGAUAAUUCUAUUCAUAUGUUUAUUUGCUGAAACUUAAGUUAAAGAGGCAAUCUAUAUUGUCUCCAACGAAAAGCUCCUUGUAAAAGUAUUCCAACUUUUCCCCUACCCUACUUAUUUUUCAGUAAGAAAUUUGGAGGAUGAUUUACCCAGUAAACCACUGAAAUAAAUGAGAAUAAGGCUCACUUAACUUUG